AUGGCUUGGCCUCAUCGUCAAGGCCGACUUACGACACUGCUUCUGGCUACACUGUCGCUGGUCUGGGCAGAUCCCGAGCAGCAGGCAUUGACCAUCGAUGAUGCCUGCAACAGCGGCGAGUCGGAAGGCAGUUGCGACCUCACCCUGACGCAGCUGCGGGGAUUACCCAGGAGAGCCAGCGAAGACAACAGCUCUGAGGUCAUGGCUGAGGUCUCCUCAGGGCGGUCUCAGGUGUCCAGGCGAUUGCGGAUAGUGAACGGCUGCAACAGCCAGCCGAUGUGGAUCGCCCAUAUAGCAGGGGCUUCAAUGGGCCCUGACCCGCAGAAUGUCAGGAUAAAUCCCGGAAGCUUCUACGACUUCGAAACUCCCAGUCAUCUCUCCGCGAUGCGAUACUGGCCGAAAAUGGGUUGCGAUGAGUCUGGCCACAACUGUAAAAUUGGAAGCAGUGGUGGUCCGGGACAAAGCUGCCAGUGGAAUCCGGCGACGGGCCAGGAGGACUACAGCAGAUGCCAUCCGCCCGUGGACACCAAGUUCGAAGCGAGCUACGGUGAGAACGGCGCACCCUGCAAUCCCAAGACGCCGGGAGGUGUCGAAAUGAAGGGUUGCGACUACGUGGAUCUCAGCUUGGUCGACGGAUGGACGCUGCCUGUAAAGUUUGAGGCCAGCGGCGACUGCCGAACGAACAAGGACGAGAAGGUGGAGGUUCUGGACUGUGCGGCCUUGUCGCUGGCUGCCUGCCCCACCGCCGAGCACCUAACAGCAGCUGGCGUGACUGCAGACCUUCGGGCGAUCAACCCGGUCACCCAUCAAGUGUCAGGCUGCUACAGCCCAUGUGCCAAGCUCCUGGACACCAAGUGGAGCAACAAGGAGCUUGCCCAGGGUCGGCAGCCAGAGUCUGCUGAGGUCUCGCCUUACUGCUGCCCGACACCGCCACAGACCCCAGAGUCGUGCCGGGCCGGGCCGAUCACGCACACCGACUUCCUGAAGACGGUGCACCAGAAGUGUCCGGGAGUCUACGGCUACGCCUACGACGAUGGCACGGGCCUAAUGCGAUGCAGUUCCGCUACCCACUACACUGUCACCUUCUUUUGUCCCGCCACGCUGCCGGCUUGA